CUUUCUUUGUUUGCAAACUGCUUUUCAAUAUGGCCAGUGAUGAUUCCAGCCGCCAUGAACAUGCUUCACAUGACGUGGAGUUGCGACCUCGCAGCCCUCACAGCAGACAUCGCCUCGGGGCUUUGACGCGCAGGUCAGGCACGGUGGGGUCAACGGCGUCCGGGGAGAUCAUGCAAUGGCUCCAAAAGCUGGAAGCGACUGAAGAGAAGUUGAGUCAACAAAUUCACCAAGUGCAACAACAGAACGAGACGCUGCGUGACGAGGCGAGUCGUGCGAAGCUGUGCGGAGCCGAGGCAACGAGGUUCGAUCGGCGCCUGGCCGAGCUGGCGGGAAGCUAUCAAGGCCUGUCCAGUGAAAUGGAGCUUCAGAUGCGACGAGUGGAGCAGAUGGAUGAUCGCCUGAGGACAUGGAAGCAAGAGCUCGAGGAAGCCAUGCAAAAGAAGUUUGCUGACUUGGAGCAGCGCUGUCAACAGAUGGAAUCCCUUGCUCGAUUGUCCUCUUCCUCCAGCGAAGACAUCAUCAGCCGCCUGUCUCGGCGCUUGCUCCGGGUGGAAUCGUGGAUCGAUGAGCGAACUGCUGUUGCGGAGGAUGUGAAUCAAAGCCUGGUCAAUCUCCAUGCUCGUGUCUCCCAGAUGGAAGAUGCUGAAGAUCUGAUAGCUGCUCCCAGCCCUGCGAUAUCAGCACAGUUGGCCACACAGGAGAGCGCUAUGGCCUUGCUAGAGAUGCGAAUGGCCGAUGUCAAUUUGGAGCUUCAGCUGUGGCGCGGUGAGCUACAAGAUCAGAUUCGAAGUUUGGAGCAGCGUCAGCACUUGGAUUUGGAGAUUUGCCAGCAAGAGCUUGCUAGCGGCCUUCGCAAACUGGCCGAAGUGGAAAGCCACCUGCAGGGUUCGCCCCCAACGGUGCCAGCAGCGACACCAGGUCCUGAGGAGUCAGUGACGCAAAAGAUUGCAGCUUUGUUGGAACAACUGCGAGAGGUUGCUCCCAAAGUCAUCAAACAUGAGGCAUUGCUGCAACGGCUGACUGAAAAUGAGAGACAUCAAAGUUUCGAUGGAGCCCUUCAACCUGCAACUGAAGUUGCUGAAGUUCCUCAUGCGAUCUCAUGAAGUUUAGCGCAAUGAAAACGAUGCAAAUGUCACGACCUUCGUUGAGAAAGAAAAAAAGGAAAGCACUGGUCCGCGGCGUGACAACG